UUCGUGAGAAUUAUAAUGCAUGCUUUUACCUUAAUUUACAGGGCCGUAUCAAGAUACAUAAAAGUACUGAUAAAAAUAAAACUUCACGAAAGAAAAAACCUCACAAUAGCCGAUCUAUUUCGUCAAAAUGCCAAAAAACAUCCCAACAAGGUGGCCAUAAUUUUUGAAGAUGAAGAAUGGACUUUCCAGCAGGUUGAAGAGUACAGCAACAAAAUAGCAAAUGCAUUUAAAAGUCACGGUUACAAAAAGGGUGAUGUUGUUGCCCUGUUUCUUGAAAAUAAACCCGAAUUUAUUUGCACAUGGCUAGGAUUAUCAAAAUUAGGAGUUAUCAUACCCCUUAUAAAUACCCAUCAAAGGAUGACGCCACUAGUACAUUCAAUAACGAUAGCUAAAAGUCAAGCUGUUAUUUUUGGAAGUGAACUUUCGGAAGCAAUCAGAGAAGUGCUUGAUAAAAUUGAAUCUACGGUAGCUUUGUAUGAACUGAAAAGUAAUUCUUCGAAGCAUGAAAUUGGAAGCGGAGAUCUCCGAUUUCAAAAUUUGAACUCCUUAUUAAACGAAGCAUCCCCUAAUCCGCCUGCAAUACCGUCCACAGUGGGCUAUCACGACAGAUUAGUUUAUAUUUACACAUCAGGUACAACAGGACUUCCCAAAGCCGCAGUAAUAAGUAAUGCCAGGUAUGUUUUCAUAGCAGCUGCUAUUCAUCAUUUGUCUGGUUUCAAAAACAAUGACAUAUUUUACACACCCCUCCCACUUUACCAUACAGCAGGGGGUUGCAUGUCUGUGGGUCAAAUGCUAAUUUUUGGCAGCACCCUCGUUAUUCGCAAAAAGUUUUCAGCUUCAUCCUAUUUUUCUGAUUGCAAAAAGUACAAAUGCACUGUAGCGCAAUAUAUUGGAGAAAUGUGCAGAUAUAUCCUUGCGGUUCCUCCAAAGCCAUCGGAUAAGGAUCAUUGUCUUAGGAUGAUAUUUGGAAACGGUUUAAGGCCACAAAUUUGGAGCGAAUUCGUCGACAGGUUUAACAUUCCAAAAGUAGCAGAAUUUUAUGGAGCAACGGAAGGAAAUGCCAAUAUAGUUAACGUUGAUAAUACGGUCGGUUCAAUUGGAUUUGUUUCCCGAAUUCUCCCCCAGAUUUAUCCUAUUUCAAUUAUCAAAGUAGAUUCUGAAACAGGUGAGCCAAUUAGAGAUGCUAACGGUUUAUGUCAACUUUGUCAGCCGAAUGAGCCUGGCGUUUUUAUCGGAAAAAUUAUCCCCAACAACCCUACAAGAGCCUUCUUGGGAUACGUCGACGAAGAAGCUUCGAAAAAAAAAGUAAUUAGGGACGUUUUUAAAAAAGGAGACGCAGCAUUUUUAUCAGGAGACAUUUUGGUGGCUGACGAAUAUGGAAACUUGUUUUUCAAAGACAGAACGGGUGAUACGUUCCGGUGGAAAGGGGAGAAUGUAUCAACUUCCGAAGUGGAGGCAGUAUUAAGUAAUUUAAUUUCUUACAAAGAUGUUGUGGUAUAUGGAGUCGAGGUGAAAGGUCAAGAAGGCAGAGCUGGAAUGGCGGCCAUUUUGGACCCAGAACAUUCCUUAAAUUUAAGGGAACUUGCACAAGGCGUGAAAAAAGUUCUCCCUUCAUACGCACGACCUAUUUUUAUCAGAAUCUUGGAUAAAUUGGACAUGACAG